GGGCUGGCGGCGAGUGGGCUGAGGUCCAUUCGGUACGCGAUGGAGGUUACGGAGCUGGGUCGCAUCGAUGCCAACGAUCUGGACCCCGACGCCGCCACCGCCAUGGCUCGCAACAUCGCCCUGAACGGGGGGGCGGCGGCGGAGAAGAUCCGCAUCUCGCAGGGGGAUGCGCGGCUGGUGAUGAUGCAGAACCCCGGGGGGUACGACGUGGUGGAUCUGGAUCCGUACGGCACUCCCGCCAUGUUUCUGGAUUCUGCCGUACAAGCGGUUUCGGAUGGCGGUUUGCUGAUGGUUACCGCAACCGACAUGGCCAACCUCUGCGGCAACAACAGUACGGCAUGCUGGUCAAACUACGGCAUCUAUCCCGUGCACCGCUCGUACUGCCACGAGAUGGCCCUUCGCAUCGUACUGGCUUGCAUCGAGACGCAUGCGGCCAGGUACAAGCGCCGUAUCGUGCCGCUGCUGAGCCUCUCAGUCGACUUCUACGUGCGCCUCUUCAUCCGCGUGUACACCUCGCCCAACGACGUGAAGGACUCGCCGAGCCGUCUGGCCUACCUGUGGCAGAGCUCCGGCUGCGACUCCUUCUGGCUGCAGCCCGUGGGUCAGAAGCGCACGCACAACGGCCAGGUGAAGCACAUGCCCGGAUCGGGCCCCGCGGUGGAGCCCCGCUGCCCGGACACCGGCUCGGGAUACAUCAUGGGUGGGCCCAUCUGGGCAGGACCCAUCCACGACGUGGAGUUCGCCAAAGAGCUGCUGGCGGAUUUCGAGUCUGCGGGGGCGGAGCAGCGGUACGCGCAGGCGGUUAAGAUCCGCGGCUACCUGCUGAAUGUGGUUUCGGAGCUGCCGGACGCCCCGCUGUACUACAACCUGCACGACAUUUGCAAAAUGGUCCGGGUGACCCCGCCCAAGUCGGACCAGUUCCGCUCCGCCCUGGUGCAUGCGGGCUACCGGGUGUCCGGCAGCCACUGCUGUCCGCUGGCUAUCAAGACGGACGCGCCGCCGGGGGUGGUGUGGGACGUGGUGCGGUGCUGGGUGCGGCGGACCGGCGCCUCGGCCGCGGCGCUCAAGGACCCCGAGUCGUACUGCGCCAAGAUGCUGGCGAAGGAGCCCUCCCUGGAGGCCGACUUCUCCAUCACCUCCGCCGCCAUGUCGCGAGCCAAGGACGACAAGGCGCCGCGAUUUGUCAUCAACCCCGCCUACUGGGGGCCCAAGGCGCGGCACGGCAGGCCAGACCAGACGCGACCCAACCCGGAUGAGGGGGAGGGAGGUGACCCGCGGGUCGGUGGCGGACGCAAUAAGGACAAGCGGGGACGAGGGCGCGAAGGAGCCGGUGCUGCUGCAGCUGCUGCUGGCGGAGCUCAGGGGGCACCGGCCACCGGGGGUUCAGGGGAGGCGGGAAACGGGGAAGGGAAGGAGGAGGUGGGCGCGCAGGCGGGGACGGCGAUGGAUGUGGGGCAAGCGGGCGCGGAGGAGGCGGCGGCAGGGGGAAAGAAGCGGCCCGCUGAGGAGGCGGCGGCAGACGGGGCGGUUGCGGGUGUGGCGGAGGUGACGGAGGCGGGUGCGGAGGUGGAGGCGGAGGGAGGGCAGGGGGAAGCCAAGCGGCAGAAGGCGUGAGGGGGUGCGAGGAAGGGUAGCGGGAGUAGCGGGGAUGCGUACGUGUGUGUUGCAGUGCAGGCUACCUUACCUGGCGGGUUUGGGGUUGUAGAUUAUAGAUGAUAGACGGGAAGAAGAGGAAUGGGGUGAUUUGGGAGCCAGGGUUUGGCUGCUGCUACCGGCACGGUGUUACACACAUGACCUUAUUCAUUCACUCCUGGCUCUCUGCUGCCCGGGUUCUGCACUGCGUACGGCAAGGCUGAAGGUGUGUGCUGUACGACAGGCAACGGUAACGGUUAUGACCUGAAAGUAGGAAAAAGGACAAUCUGGGGAUGCUUGUUCUUUAUCGGGACGGAUGCUUGCGGUACGUAGGUGUACGGCGCACCACCAUACUACUUGAAUACCAUUGAAG